AAACUUUCCUUUUUCAAUUUCCACACUGUAAAUCUAUAAUACCCUAAUUAAAAUUUUCAGGAGAAAAUAAAAAAUAAUCAAAAAAUUGCAAUGGGUGAGAAAGAGGGAGAGAAGAAGGCAGCGGAGGGCGGAGAGAAAAAGGCCGCUGACGGCGGAGGAAACAAAAACCAGGAAACCGUCACCGUCGUGUUGAAGCUGGACUUGCAUUGCGAGGGUUGUGCUAAAAAAGUCAGACGGUCCGUUAGCCAUUUCGAAGGUGUUGAGAAAGUGAAAGCAGACUGUGACGCAAACAAGCUGACUGUGACCGGCACUGUGGACCCCGCCUGGCUGCGGGAGAGAGUUGAAUACAAGACCAAGAAGAAAGUCGAUCUCAUCUCCCCUCAGCCCAAAAAGGACGCCGGCGCCGCCGCCCCCGCCGCCGCAGGUGGCGGUGAUAAAAAGGCCGAUGACAGUAAACCCGAGAAGAAAGAUGAGAAGAAGGCAGAAGAGAAGAAACCCAAAGAGCCGGCGGUUAGCACGGUGGUGAUGAAAAUCAGGCUGCACUGUGACGGAUGCGCACAUAAGAUAAAGCGGACUAUAUUCAAGAAUAUUCAUGGGGUUAAUUCGGUAACAAGUGAUCUAGAAAAGGAUUUAGUCACGGCGACCGGUACAAUGGAUGUGAAGGAACUCACAGCUUACUUGAAAGAAAAGCUUAAACGAAGCGUCGAAAUCGUUCCUCCGAAGAAAGACGGUGGUGGUGGUGACAAAAAGGAAAAAGAAAGCGGCGGUGGUGGUGGUGGAGAGAAAAAAGAGGGCGGCGGCGAAAAGAAAGAAGUGGAAUCAAAACCAAAAGCGGUGGCAGCUGGUGGUGGUGGUGGAGAAGGAAGCAAGGGCGGAGAUGGUGCGGCGAAGGUAGAAGUGAACAAGUUGGAGCACCAUAGUUUCAACCCACAGACACAUUAUGCAAUGCCAAUGUACAACCAGAGUUAUGCCAAUCAAGACUAUGGUGUGCAAAUGUUUAAUCACCCUCCUCCUAAUCAUGGUUACCUUCCUAAUCAAGGUUAUGGUCAUAAUACGGGCUACGUGGCACAGUACUCACAAGGACCUCCUCCGCCGCCACCUACGUACAUGAACAUCAACGACCAAAUGUUCAGCGACGAAAACCCGAACGGAUGCUAUGUGAUGUGAGCAUGACGUCGUCAAGUGGGAGAGUUUUGAAAAUUUUCGAAAUGUGUAUACAAUUUUUAAAAAAAGAGUUUUACACUUAUAUAAUAAAUAAUUAAAAAAAUAUAGAAAUAUAGAAUAUAAUACUUCGAAAUACAAUUGACAAGAUAUAUAUGAGAAUAUAGUAGAAAUGUUCAAACCUGCUUGGCCGGUGUUUGUUAGUUUGUUUUAUUGUUUGACUUGUAGUUUGUCCCGGUUGUUUUAUUUGUUAGUUAAUUAUUAAUAAAAUAUUCAAUUUUGCUUCGCUAAUUGUGUUUGCU